AUGAAAAGGCUGCUCUUUUUUCUCUGUUUCUUUAUUGGAACUCUGGCUGUGAUCCGGGAAAGACGCGAACAAGGUCUCGGAACUGCAGUUGAAGCUGAGUCAGAACGCACUUCUGAGACUACCGAUGAUAGCCAAGUCCAAGAACAAGGGACCAUGUUAGGCGAGAAGUUCCUGCAACUUUCGAAUGACGUUUUGGCCCUCAAAAGGGAAUUCGCGUCACUUCAAGCCGAUGUGAGGGGUGGAAUACGGUUCAAAGGGGAGAAGGGCGACCGUGGUCCGAAGGGGGAACCCGGUCUGGACGGUAUUCCCGGUCUAGAAGGAAACUGUGGUCCAAAAGGCGAACCUUGUGACUGUAACCAAGUUAGAAGGCGGACACUCGUCAGCACGACCGUAUCUCCA